CGAAAGUUCGGUUGACGGCACUUAAAUCUUAAAAAAAAAAAAAAAAAAUUUACUUGGAAAGAGAUAGUAGGAUAUAGCAGGUUUAAUUAAUUAAGAAAAAAUGGGGUGCGGCGAUGACGAAACGCAUAAUAUCUAAUUUAAAAAGAAGAAGACGAAACCUUUAAGGAAACGCGAAGCUUCUAGAUGACAAUCACAGCGAGGGAGAGAAAAUGUCCAAGAAGAAAGUCGAGGAAACAAAGAUUAUUCAGAAACUCCGCGAGAGACCGGCUGGCGUUGAUAUUGUUGAUUUGGCACUCGAAGAAAGCGUUGUAUCCGAUGUGUUGACAUACGAGCCCUUUAAUAUGAAAACUGGAGGAAAAUAUGGCUGUGCUGAAGAAUGCUGAAGAAUACAAAAUAUAAGCUGAACAAUGGAUAUGACACCGACAUUAGAACGCAAUUUAACAUAGAGACCAAUGAACGCGAUGAAGAAAUAUAGCCAGGAAGAAAGCCAGUGUAGCCACGAAGUCUCACCCAAUAGGCACAGGAUAUGACAAAGCAUUAAUGAAUUAUGGGGUAUUUUCGAACAAGCUGAAUCUUGUCAUAGCUCGAGGGAAGAAAAUAACAUGCGACUGAGUUAUUCAAACAGCCAAAGUACAAUAAAUUAUGCAACAAGCGAUAACGAGACGGCAUCUAGACGCAACAGCGUUUGACGGAUAUAAAGGAAAGGGAGGAAGAGGUGGAGGCAAUUGCUCCCGAAGUUUUUGAUAAUAAAAAAAUUUAUUCUGAGAGAAGAUUAAGCACAAAAUCAUUCUUUUCAAUUAAAAUGAUGAAGAAGACUAAUAUGGCCUAUAAUACUGAGAGUUGGAUACACUGCACACACGCUGCUGCGCAUGCUCUCGAACCUCGAACGGCUCGAACACGUGUGACAUUUUGAAGAUGGCGUCUUCCUGGUCACACAUGCUAUGUUAUGGAGCGCGUAACUCGAAUGUCUUACGAAUCGUGACUGUUGCGUUUGCUAAACGUCACGCUGGAACUCGAUUCCGCUCGCAUCAGCGACAGCAACAACAGCAGCAUGAGCAACAGUUUAGAAAAGUUUUUGUCGAUGGAGCGAGGAAUUUCCUAACCUAUACUGCGUUCGUCUCGGGGAUAGGUUUUGGCUAUGCCUUGUACAAUUGGAGAGAUGAUAUCCGGCAAAGAAUUGAGAAUCUGAUCGUACCAAACGUCUAUUCUGUCGUUCAUGCGAUAUCAUCACAGUCGGACGGUAAUCAGAAUAGGGACAAGUUCAAUUUUAUAGCAGACGUAGUGGAGAUAUCUGCGCCAGCUGUCGUGUACAUUGAAAUUAGGGAUAACAAUAGCAGAGACUUCUUUACGGGAAAGCCUAUCACUACCAGCAAUGGAUCAGGAUUCAUCAUUAGUCAGGAUGGAUUAAUAUUGACGAACGCUCAUGUCGUUAUAGAUAAGCCUAAUACAACAGUGAAGGUAUAUGUUCGACUUUAUGAUGGUAGUAUAUACACUGGAACAGUAGAGGAUGUUGAUUUGCAAAGUGAUCUUGCCACCGUGCGAAUAAAUAAAACCAACCUACCAGUAAUGAAACUCGGUUGUUCAGCCACUAUCAGACCAGGAGAAUUUGUGGUAGCCAUUGGUUCUCCAUUAGCUCUUAACAACUCUAUAACGAGUGGCGUAGUGAGCAGUGUAAACAGACAAAGUCAAGAGCUUGGCAUAAAUAAUCGACAUAUGGGAUAUAUUCAAACGGAUGCGGCAAUCACUUUUGGAAAUUCGGGUGGACCAUUAGUGAAUUUAAACGGUGAGGCAAUAGGUAUAAACGCAAUGAAAGUGACUCCUGGCAUUUCAUUCGCCAUACCUAUCGAUUAUGCAAAGGAUUUCUUAAAAAAAACAGAAUUACGCAGGAAAAACAAAGAUGUAAAGUUUAAAGAACCAUUCAGGCGAAGAUUCAUAGGCAUCACUAUGCAAACUCUGACUCCAGAAAUCUUAAAUGAGAUGCAACAGAACAGUGAGCAUAUGAGUGUUCGACAUGGAGUUUUUGUGUGGAGAGUAAUGUUUGGAUCUCCAGCUCACAAUGCUGGGUUACAACCUGGAGAUAUAAUAACGCAUGCUAAUAAUGAACCAGUGCUGGAUUCAAGUAACAUUUAUAAAAUCUUAGAACAACCAGGAACGAUAAACUUACAAGUUUCAAGAAAAGCAAGAGUUUUAUACAUAAAAAUUGAGCCUGAGGAUAGUUGAGUUCAUUAAAUAAUUUUGGUUAAAUAAAGAAUUCUGCAAAAUAGAUUGAAAUUGUAAUAUUUAUAAACAAAAUUUUGUGCAAGUUAUUUUACAAGAAAUUUGGCAAUGUAAAAUUUUAUAAAUUAUUUUUUAUAUGUAAAAUUUAAUUAUUGAUUUGUUAUGUAUUACAUAUUUACAUAUUAUUUUAUUCUAAUACGUAUCUUAUAUGAAGAUAUCAAGAAUUGCUAAGUUAUAUACGACAUAUAAAUUGAUUUUAUCAACUUUUCUUUGUAAAUGUAUCGUAUAGUUUAUUAAUAUUGUUAGUGUCCAGUGUGUUUCGAGUGCCGAGUUUAUUCGUAAAAAAAGACUAUAAUAAAGAAUGAGAUACCCGUCUCACGUUUAUCGUUUAGCGCACUUUAUACUUGGUGGGCCGGUUCAUCGGUCACACCAGGUCGAGCCUCUAGUGUACACGCCCUUUGGUUGUACAUUUAUUUUAAUUUAAAUAUACACGAUAAAGGACCACUUAGCAACUUA